UCCCCUAUAAAAUCUAGCGGGGUGAAAGACGAAGUGCAACCAAAGAAGGAAAGAGGAGUUAACAAAAAUGGGUUCAUUGAGAACAACCGAGAACAAGCCUCACGCAGUGUGCAUCCCAUACCCAGCACAAGGGCACGUAAACCCAAUGCUCAAACUAGCAAAGAUACUCCAUUUCAAAGGUUUUCAUAUAACCUUUGUUAACUCAGAGUAUAACCAUAAACGCCUUCUCAAAGCCAGAGGUCCUGAUUCCCUCAGUGGCCUUCCUUCAUUCCGCUUUGAAACCAUCCCUGACGGUCUUCCUGAGCCUGAAGUGGAUGCCACACAAGACAUACCUUCCUUGUGUGAGUCCACAAGAAGAACUUGCUUACCUCAUUUUAAGAACCUCCUUUCCAAACUCAACAAUGCCUCAGAUGCCCCUCCAAUUACUUGCAUAAUUUCUGACGGCGUUAUGAGCUUCACUGUUGAGGCUGCAAAAGAAUUGGGCAUCCCAGAGGUCCUUUUCUGGACAACUAGUGCAUGUGGGUUCAUGUGUUACGUGCAAUAUCAACAACUCGUUGACAAGGGCUUAACACCCCUCAAAGGUGAAAAACAUUAUAUCACAAAUGGGUAUUUGGAUACUACCAUUGAUUGGGUGCCAGGAAUCAAAGAAAUUCGACUGAAGGAUAUACCCAGUUUCGUUAGAACCACAGACCCAGAUGAUUUGAUGGUUGAUUUCAUAUUGGGGGAAUGCGGGAGAGCUAAGAAAGCUUCUGCAAUCAUUUUGAACACCUUUGAUGCUUUAGAGCAUGAUGUUUUGGAGGCAUUCUCAUCCAUUUUGCCUCCUGUCUAUUCCAUUGGUCCCUUGAAUUUACUAUUGAAGGAUGUAGCUGAUAAGGACUUGAACACAAUUGGGUCAAACCUUUGGAAGGAGGACACAGAGUGUCUAGACUGGCUCGAUAACAAAGAACCCAACUCUGUGGUUUAUGUGAACUUUGGUAGCAUCACAGUUAUGACGAAUGAACAACUGGUUGAGUUUGCUUGGGGACUUGCUAAAAGCAACAAAACCUUUUUGUGGGUUAUAAGACCAGAUCUUGUGGCAGGUGAAAACGCUGUUCUGCCUCCAGAAUUCGUGACAGAGACAAAAAACAGAGGCCUAUUGUCCCAUUGGUGUCCACAAGAGCAAGUGCUGGCUCACCCGGCAAUUGGAGGGUUCUUGACACAUAGUGGUUGGAAUUCAACAUUGGAAAGUAUUUGUGGAGGUGUUCCAAUGAUAUGCUGGCCUUUCUUUGCGGAGCAACAAACCAAUUGCCGAUUCUGCUGCAACGAAUGGGGGAUUGGAAUGGAGAUAGAAGAUGUUAAGAGGGACAAAAUUGAGAGCCUUGUGAAGGAGUUGAUGGAUGGGGAAAAGGGUAGAGUGAUGAAAGAGAAAGCUUUGGAAUGGAAAACAAAGGCAAAAGAUGCUGCUUCUGCCCCAGAUGGAUCUUCGUUUCUUAAUUUGGACAACAUGGUUCGUCAAGUUCUUUUGGACAAAAAUUAGCUUUCCGAAAAGUUGAAAUAUUUGUGCGCACUCAUUGUUAAAAGGUUCUAUUAUUUGAUCUUUCAAAGGUGAUGA